GCCCUGACGUUUGCAAUAAGGUAUAAUUCUAUAUACAAAGUUUUAAGAGAAGGAAGAGUUCACCAUAUUUAUGGAAAUCUUGAUGAUAGUGGAUGAUGAAUCUAUAUCCCAAUGUGUCGUCGGGUUAGGUCUAAUUAAUCAAGCUUUGUGUGGAUGGAAUUAAAAUAUCGUUAAGCGAAUAAUGAUAAAUUUGGAUUAGCACUAACUACACAUAGAAUUUAAUAAACCAGGAUUAAGAAUUGGAUACUUGAAAAGUAAAAUAAGAUUUAAUAAACUCAUGGUCGUAGUUAGUUACGUACGUACAUGUAAAGUGAAGAAUGGGGUUAACAAAAUGAAAAGAAUUAAUGUGAAGGGCCACAAUUGGUUAAUACUUCAUAAAGAAUGAAUGUGAGAGACGCACAAUAUAUAAUUUCUGUGGCCGUGAUGAAUUGGCCAAAGAAUAAAGAUAUAUGAAAAAAAAAAUUUAUUCAUUUUCUUAUGUGAUAACGAAAUGUAUUCAAUUAGAUUUGUCUAAAGUUGUUGAGAGAAAGAAGUAAACCCAAAUAAUUAAGAGUAUGAUUGUUUAUCGCGAAAAAAGAUAGAAAUACUAAUGCAAAGAAUAUAAAAAUUUACAGGAUUUCAAUCGAGGUAAUUGAAGUAAUUGUGAAAACUUUAUCAAUUACUCUACUAAUCAAAUUUAUUUUACAUGUACGUUUAGUCUUUGACCGAUAUUUGCAAGUUGAGACCAACAUGCAUGGCUCCACUACGGGUCCAGAUCGGGUCAGUAACUGAUGGGUCAGUAACCCAUCAGUAACCCCUUCUAUGGUCCCCACGUGUCAAACACUUUUUUAUUUAAAUUAAAUGUGAAAAGGGCAGUACAGUAAAAUGACACUUUCUCAUAUUUAUUGCUAAGGCUGACUUUUGACCGUAUCACAUCAGCGUCUUCUCUCUCCUCGCAAAAUAUUUAAUUUUCCUUCUCUUAAUCUUUAAUGGACGAUUUCUCACUCGUUUUAAGUCGAAAUUUAAUUUUUUUUGCACAGUUGGAUCAGAUUAAUUGUGCUCUUCAAAAUGAUAUCCACUUUGAUAUUUUUUGGACAUAAAAAAUUUGUCAAUUAUUACCAGUCUAUACCAUAUGGUAUUGACUGGUAUUGACCAUACCAUAUGGUAUGAAAAAAAUUUAACACAUCAAUAUAUAUUACGUUACCACCCAAUACCAUAUGGUAUAGUGUGGUAAUAUCAAUAUAUAUUUCGUUACCACCCAAUACCAUAUGGUAUAAUAUGGUAAUAUCAAUAUAUAUUACGUUACCACCCACCCAAUACCAUAUGGUAUAGUGUGGUAAUAUCAAUAUAUAUUUCGUUACCACCUAAUACCAUAUGGUAUAAUGUGGUAAUAUCAAUAUAUAUUUCGUUACCACCCAAUACCAUAUGGUAUAGUGUGGUAAUAUCACACAAUACCAUACAAUAUCAUAUGGUAUAGUGUGGUAAUAUCAAUAUAUAAUUCGUUAUCACACAAUACCAUACAUUACCAUAUGGUAUAGUGUGGUAAUAUCAAUAUAUAGUUCGUUACCACACAAUACCAUACAUUACCAUAUGGUAUAGUGUGGUAAUAUUAAUAUAUAUUUCGUUACCACCGAAUACCAUAUGGUAUAGAGUUAUAAUAUCAAUAUAUAUUAUCUAAAAGAAAAAAAAAACAGAAGGAGGUAGGGAAAAAAGAUCGUCUUGUGUCGCCUCUCAUUUCCUCUUCCGCAAUCAAGAACACCAAAAUGCCGAAAAAAUGAGAAAGAUCGAAAUUGAGGCCAAUGAGAUGAUGAAGAGAAGAAAUGCAAUGAAAAAGAGUGGCUCCAAUUUUUAUUCGUCAUGAAAAAAAAAUAAAGAAGAAGAGAAGGGAGCAGAUUUAGAUCUAGAAAUGAGAUUGAGAGAGAAAAAUGAAGAGAGAAAGAGAGAGGAUCUGGAAAAGAGAUUGUGAGAGAAAAAGGAAGAUAGAAAGUUGCAGAGAAGUGAUUUCUCUUUCCUUCCUUAAAAUUGCAGCCAUUAAAUACGAAAUAAAAUAAAAUAAAGAAUUUAAUGUAUAAACGGACAAAAAUACCCUUCUCCACUCAGCGUCCGGCCCAACCACACGAUUGCCUACCUCUUAGAUCUAUGGUCUCUAUUCAUUACUGACAUGUCAGUAACCAACUGACCCUAUCUGCUGGCCUCCACUACUGAUUGUUUAUAACCUUUUCUUCCACCCAAGAUUGAAGCUGAAGCAAAACCUCUCAUAACUGAGAUGCAUACGGAUUGUAUGGCCGACUCAUGUUGUCUUCUGCUUGCAUGUUCUAACUUUUGAUUUCAAUCGAUCUUACUCGUAUAUAGGAUGAUUUUGGCAUUGCAUUGAUGGGAUUGGUAUCGUGACAUCCAUCCUCAUGACGAACCCUCAUGUAUCAAGGUUGAAGUCAUUUCUUGAACGAAUUGGAUUAGGGGUGGCCGUUCGGUUACCGGUUAUCGGUUAACCGGCCGGUUAAACCAAUAAUCGGCCGGUUAUCCACUAACCAGUAACCGAACUUUGGUCGGUUAUCGGAGGCUAGACGAAAUGGUUUUUGGUCUUAAAAGUGGGUCGGUUAACCGAUAACCGAGAAACCGAAACCUAUUUCGGGCGGUUUUCGGUAGGGAGAGUGGUUAUUUCGGUUAACCGAUAACCGGACGGCCGGUUAUCGGUUAUAACCGAAAUAAUUGCAAAUUUUCUACUCUCUUGUCAGGUGUUAGUAACCUAAUAAUUUUAACAGGAUUUUUUUUUUUUGACAAAUAAUUUUAACAGGAUUCGUUUAUGGGAAUCUUGCAUAUCCCAAACCGAGAAAGCUUUUUAGCCUUUUACCAGCAACCAAUCCUUUUGGAAAGUUGCAUGCCAAUCAAUCAAUCAAGCCUUUCGACCGAUCUUUUGAUUUUGUUUGCUUUGCGGCAUUAUUAUUGCUUUGAUUAUAAUUAUUAGUUAUCAUAACUUUCUGUGAAGCCAAUCGAUUAUAUAUUUCAUUUUCAUUGUACAGAAAAUAAUGUUGGGAUUAGUUUCUAAUGAAACCACACUUGACUUCACAAUCAGACAUCAGUCACGACUCACGACUUAUUAAUUAGCAAUCACGCCCCCACAUGAUGAUGAUGUAAUGAUUUUAAUUUGUUAAUUAUUUGUCACUCUAACUAGAUUCAUAAAUAUAUUAUUUUAAAAAGAUGUUGUGGCUUAGAUCAUGCAAUAAAUAUAAGUAUGGCCGGCCAAUGCCUCAUCACUCAAUGACUCAAGUAAACACCAAUACAUUGUAAGGAAGAUACUUAAAAUCAACCCUAACUAUGGCCGGCCAAUUCCAGAUGUAUCUAUCUAUAAGUAGCGCGUUGUGAUUUUGCUUUUACACCAUAAACUAACCGUAAAGAUCUGAAUUGCACAAAUUCCAUGAUGCAUUUGUACUAGAAAUCGAUCCACCGUACAUUAGUGUUAAGCAAAUGUAUAUAACACAUUGACUUAUUCCAUAUCUUAUCUACCCAUCAACUCCCAUGGUAAGGAAGAAGGGGGGAACACGCACACUUGGAGAGCGCAGUACAACAGAGAGUUGUAUGCUGCGUUCGGGAAGGAUGAAUCGCUCCCGAAAAGGAAUGAAGGGAGGAAUGAAUGCGAUUGGACUUAUCACCAAGGGAAGAGAAUAAGCAGAAGGAUUCAUUGGAAACCUCCAGAUGGUAAAGAAGAAGGAAAUUUAAUAGAUACAGGCUGGAGGAGGAAGAAUGGCCGAGCUAGUAAAUCUAACACAACUUUAACAAUGGAUUGACGAUUGUGAAUACAAUACUAUCAAGUCGCAAUGUCGGCUCAAACUUUACAUGAUAUAUUCUAUUAGUAUAUGAUGGGGUUGGAGUACAUACUUCCCCAAUUUGUUUGUAUAAAAAAUGUCAUUCUCAACCAUUUAUUUAUUAAUCCGUGGUGACUAAUUGACAUCCAUUUAUUUACGGAAACCUUUAUACAUGCUUGUUAUUACUACUACAAUUGUUGAUGUGCGCAAUAGAACACAACACAAGCACAUGUUCUUGAGUGGUUAGUUUUGGCUUCCGUCCAUCGACAAGCUGUUUAAGUUUUAUAUGUGGUAUGGGCAACUUAUCCCUAUGGUAUAGCUUGGCAUGCACAUUGUCGGCAUUGAUUUGAUAUUGUUAUAUGAAAGAAAAGGAUAGACGAAAUGAAAUUGAAUUAAAUAGAACCAAAGAAAGAAAUCAAAGUGAGGGUGAGAAAAGAAAACAAACGAGAGAGACCACAAUGCUAGGGAUUGAUGCUCUCUGUGUAAUUGAUUGCUAUUAGUUGGGCGGAAGAGUGUACUUUCUCCUAAAUCGUCUCACUCGCCAUCAGACUUGUUUCUAUAUUCAUUACAAUUUACAUAACUAUCGAGUAAUUUUACAAGUAACAGUUAACCACGUUUUACACGUGAAGAAAUUAAGUAUAUUAAUCCAUCCAUCAGAUUAAACCCUUUGGAUUCUUUUUACCCACCCCAACCCCAACUCCCUUUUUGUUUGCAGAAACGAAGGAUGGACGUUGGUCAGGUCCAAAUCAUUUUCUUGAUUAGACAAUGUGAGGUGAGGUAUCCCAAAUCCUUCAUAAUUGAAUUACACAUACACGUGAUUUCUUGAUCUCAUCAGAAGAUGCCAAUUAUUUAGCAAAUGAUUAAUUGUUUGUCGGCAGUGCACCAAAAGUAGACCACGUAGAAUUUUUUUGUUACGGGAAAGAGAUAAUGCAGAAUCUAUAUAAUAUAAUUGGAUUUUAAAAUAUUAAUAGGAGUGGGUUGGGGUUUGCAAGUAUAGGGGUGUCUAUAGAUUUGGUAACGGAGAACCACAGUCCAAUAGUAAGAGAUAUUUAUGAACUAAAUAUUGGGUUAAUAGUGCAUUUGGUCUGCUUUGAUCCUGUUUAAAUGUCAAUUCGUUUCAUUUUUUUUCUUUAGUAUUUAUAAAAUUCAUGGGACCAAUGAUCCGACCAUAUUAUACUCAGUUCAGUCCAAGUGCCAGUCUGGUCCGUUGUGGAUCGAACCGUUGCACAUUCCUAGACAAGUAGGAGAGGUUAUAAUUUCCUAGUUGGUGUUGUUGUUUAUCUGUAUAAUUUCGAUUGUUUUCUUAUAAACAAUGACAUUCUUUAAAAAAAAUCGUUAACUACAACCUAUGUCUAGAGAUAUGUCGAUCUUACCGAAGUAAUUUUUAUCUAUUUUCUAAAUUGUUUCACAAGGUAAUGUUUGCUUGUAGUUUUUGAGACACUAAAAUCUAUAGGUGAUUAUCCUCAGCAUGUUCAAAACGUUUGCCGGUGAUCCAUAUGCUGCCUGAGACUAGAGGAGCUAGCAUCUAGUCGUUCAGAAUCAGAAGGUUUUGUGGUUUUCUAAAUUGUUUCACAAGGUAAUGUUUACUUAAGUUUGCUUUGAGUGCCCAGUCCCUUAAGUGUAUAGACCAAGCAAAAAGUAUUAUUCAUGCUUGCUCUACCUUUGAACUGGACGCCAGGCCCAUGCAGCUGGGCUUUGGUCCACCAAAUAAUCUGGCUGACCAGCUCGAUCGGCCCAUUGUGUGUGUGGGAGUAUGAAUGCACAAACAAAGCAUAUGCAUCCCUUUCUUCUCCAUGCCAAGGCUGAACAGAACAUCAAGAGACAUCAGUAAGUCACGAGUAAGUAGAUAGAGAGACGACCGAUAUGGCAUAAAACCCAAAUCCUUAAUUGGGACGUAGGGUCGAGAAAGCGCAAUGGAAUUGAAAAUGCUGCUUUGGUUAAGUAAAGUCUCACGAGUGAUCUGUGAAAAAGUGGGACUUUAGUAAACAGAACAGCAGUGUUAGGCCAAGUUAGGUGGCAGACUGUUAGCUGCAGACAGAGAGAGAGAGACGCACAAAUAUGGAAACUUUGAAAUUUCCUCACUUUCAUAUGUCCUUUAUAUUGAUUUCUGAGGAAAAAAAGUUUUCAAAUAUGUCAACUCGUGACCCACGUACCCAUCAUUAAUAUUCACUAUACCCACCGGCACCAAACUCCGCUACAAAGCUAGCUUCUUUCCUUUCAUUCAUUCUCCUUUCACAUUCCUCCUCCAUUACCUUGCUUGAAAAGAACUCAACUCCACGAGAGCUAGCUGAAGAAGGGAGAUAGAUCUUUAAUGGGGGGAGCUCAUCAGAUCAACACCAUUGCACUCUACAUCACAAUCUGCUCCAUAGCUUUCAUCAUCUCCAAGAUCACCAUCGCAGUCCUCCUCUACAAAAGAUGGAGAAACAAGCAGCACCAGCAGAACUCUGUUCAUCAAGACCCCCAUUUCUCAGGUGGGAAGGUGGUAAUGUUCAAGUCAGGGACAUUAAUGCAGUCCCCAGAGGUAACCCCACAAGUGGUCCUGAAAAAAACCAUGAAGCUAACCAACAAGGACAUGAUCGGGUCCGGUGGCUAUGGAACCGUGUACAAGCUGUCCAUAACCGAGUCCAUUUCCUUCGCGGUCAAGCGGCUCAGCAGAGGGAGCCCCGACAGGGACCGAACCUUCGAGAGGGAACUCGAGGCAAUGGGAGAUAUCAAGCACAGAAACAUUGUCACCCUCCAUGGCUACUACUCUGCCUCUCACUACAACUUGCUCAUCUACGAGCUCAUGCCCAAUGGGAGCCUGGAUGGACUCCUGCACCACCCAAAGGAGGGGGGAGAAGGAGAUGAGACGAAGAGGGUUGUGCUGGAUUGGGAUUCCAGGUACAGGAUUGCAGUUGGUGCAGCGAGAGGGAUAUCGUAUCUACACCAUGAUUGCAUCCCUCACAUAAUUCACAGGGACAUCAAGUCUAGUAACAUACUUCUGGACCAGAAUAUGGAAGCCCGGGUCUCGGAUUUCGGGUUGGCUACUUUGAUGGAGCCUGACAAAACCCAUGUCUCCACUUUUGUUGCAGGAACUUUUGGCUACUUGCCUCCAGAAUACUUCGACACAGGCAAGGCAACUGCAAAGGGGGAUGUAUACAGCUUUGGGGUUGUUCUGCUUGAACUUGUAACAGGAAGGAAGCCAACAGAUGAAGCCUUCUAUGAGGAAGGCACCAGGCUAGUGACUUGGGUGAAGGGAGUGGUUGAAGACAAGAGAGGAGAGUAUGUAAUUGACAGUAGCUUGAAGUGCAGCUCCUGUCAUAAUAUGGAUGAGAUCAAUGGCGUGUUUGAAGUUGCAUUCGCAUGCCUGGAACCUGACCCUUCCGAUAGACCAACAAUGGCCGAGGUGGUUAAAAUGCUAGAGCUACUAAGAUGCGGUUGAGCAGCACAGCUGUUGAAGUAGAAGAAACAGAGAACUCUGUCAAAAUUUGUUAUGAUAGAUCUUCCAGCACAAAGUUGACAGGCAAUAAUUUCAAAUAACAACACUUACAGCUU